AAUACUGAGUCUGCAUUCCGCCGCCGCCUCAAUGGCUGCAUCAGAUAGCGACACAAGCAAACUACGUUCCAGGAAGCUAACGUUUUUUUCGUUCUUUUAAUCUAGUUCAUGGAAAUAUCGACAUAUUUAGGGAAUGUCACAUAUCUUGGAGGGCUCGUCUGGCGGAGGAGGGGGCCUCAUCAUCCGCAAGACUAAGAAAGAAGACGGUGAUGAUACAUUCAAGAAGCCAGCCAUACCUGUAAGGGGGUCCUUACUGGGACUGGAUAAAUUAGCUGCCCUGAAGAGGAAAAUACGAGAAGAUGAAGACCUCGAGAAGCAGAAGAAGGCAAAGAGUAAGCACAGUUCUUCGUCCUCAAGUGACAGUGAAAGUGAUGGCGAGGAAGAAUAUGAGAACAAAACCAAACCGGAGAAGCCAAAAGACAGGGAAUACCGAGCCAGGUACGAUGAAACACCAACAUACACUGGUGGUGUUAAUAGAGAUAUACAGAGUAGAAUGAUGGAAAAGCAGAGAAAACAGAAAGAUAAGUAUGUUCAUGCCUCAUCAAAAAAUGACAGAGAGCAAGAAGGGAGAAGAAGCUCUAAUGACGAUCGUAAGGACAGAGACAGGCGAGAGAGGGAUUAUAAAUACUCCAGAGACAGAGGUGACAGACGCAGAUACGACAGAUCGGAGAGAAGAGACUAUGACAGGAGAGACAGGAGAGAGAACGAUCGGAGUGAAAGGAGGGAAAAUGACAGAAGUGAGAGGAGACGAAAUGAUUUCAGUGCUCGGUCUGACAGGGGUGACUUUUCAGAAAGAUCUGCCGGACACGACUGGUCCGAGAGAUCUGGCAGAACGCCUAGAUUUUCAGAUGCCCCUGAAACUCCACGUAUACCAGGCGUGAAAGACACUCCAUCGCAUUCGUCAUGGGACGACGACGAUAACACUCCCUCUAAGACAUCUUCCUGGGAUAUGCCAACUCCAUCAGUGCACCAUAAAUCCCGUGAUCCAGACUGGUCCAUCAGAAGUUCAAGUAGAUCCAUAAGAGAGAGAAAUUCACCGGGUAGGAAGGGGCACCAACUGAGCGAUAAAACACCUCUGCCAACGCCAUCUUAUAAAGACAACGUCUGGAUGUCUGAGAGACGCAACAAAGGAGAGAUGGAGUUUGAGGACGAUGAGGAAAGAGAGCGAUGGGAGGAAGAGGAGAAGAGACUGGAUCGUCAGUGGUACGACAUGGAUCAGGGCUACGACGACACCAACAAUCCGUUCUCAGAUGUCUCGGCAGAGUACGAGAAGAGAAAAACCGAGAAAGUGGAAAAGAACAAGAGAAAAAUGAGUGCCAAGCAAAGACAGAUUCACAAAGAUAAUGAACUCUGGGAAACCAACAGGAUGUUAACCAGUGGUGUAGUCCAGAAGAUUGAUUACGAUGAAGAUUUUGAAGAGGAAUUCACAAACAGAGUUCAUAUAUUGGUCCACAACAUUGUUCCUCCAUUUUUAGAUGGCAGAAUUGUCUUCACCAAACAGCCAGAACCAGUGAUUCCCGUCAAGGACUCAACUUCUGACAUGGCAAUUGUGUCAAGGAAAGGCUCGGCAGUUGUGAAGGGUCGGCGUGAACAGAGAGAAAGAAGAAAGGCAGCAAAAAAGGAAUGGGAACUUGCUGGAACUCAGCUAGGGGACCUCAUCGGAGUCAAGAAGGAAGACGAAAGAGACGACAGAAACAUAGAAGAGGGAGAGACUGAUUACAAAGCAGACCAGAAGUUUGCCGAACACAUGAAGAAUACCGGCGAGGCAAGCAGUGAAUUUGCUCUGAAGAAAACUGUCAAACAGCAGAGACAGUAUCUUCCCGUCUUUGCCGUAAGAGAAGAACUGUUGCGUAUCAUUAGAGAAAAUUCAGUCGUCAUUAUCGUUGGAGAAACAGGCAGUGGAAAAACAACUCAGCUAACUCAGUAUUUACAUGAAGAUGGCUACAGUGAGCACGGAAUCAUCGGGUGUACCCAACCCAGACGUGUUGCUGCCAUGUCUGUGGCCAAGAGAGUUUCAGAUGAAAUGGGGACACAUCUGGGCAAAGAGGUUGGUUAUGCCAUCCGUUUUGAAGACUGCACCACUGAGGAAACAAUCAUCAAGUACAUGACUGAUGGUAUCUUGCUUAGAGAGUGCUUGAGGGAAAGUGACCUGGAUAAUUACAGCGCCGUCAUCAUGGACGAAGCUCACGAAAGGUCACUCAGUACGGACGUGUUGUUUGGACUGCUUCGUGAGGUAGUUGCCAGGAGGCAGGAUCUGAAACUGAUCGUGACAUCGGCCACAAUGGAUGCACAAAAAUUUGCAACGUUCUUUGGUGAAGUUCCCGUCUUCACAAUUCCCGGACGCACAUUCCCAGUGGAAUUAUUCUUCUCUCGUAAUGCUGUCGAAGACUACGUCGAAGCGGCAGUCAAGCAAGCGCUGCAGAUUCACCUCCAAGCAGACGAAGGAGACAUUCUUGUCUUCAUGCCAGGUCAGGAGGACAUUGAAGUCACCUGUGAACUGAUUGUUGAAAAGUUGGAUGAAAUUGACAAUGCUCCACAGCUGGCUGUCCUUCCCAUAUAUUCACAGCUGCCAUCUGAUCUCCAGGCCAAGAUCUUUCAACGAGCUCCUAACGGUCUACGCAAGUGUGUCGUGGCUACUAACAUUGCGGAAACCUCCUUAACUGUUGAUGGUAUAAAGUAUGUGGUUGAUUCAGGCUACUGCAAGCUAAAAGUGUUCAAUCCAAGAGUGGGUAUGGAUGGCUUGCAGGUGUAUCCAGUGUCCCAAGCCAAUGCCAAUCAACGGCUCGGACGAGCAGGUAGGACAGGGCCCGGCAUGUGUUAUCGUUUGUACACAGAAAGACAGUAUAAAGAUGAACUCUUGGCAACAACUGUCCCCGAAAUCCAGAGGACAAACCUGGCAAAUGUUGUGCUUCUGCUCAAGUCCCUUGGUGUUGAGGACCUACUGAAGUUUCAUUUUAUGGACCCCCCUCCCCAGGAUAACUUACUGAACUCACAGUACCAGUUGUGGACCCUAGGUGCUUUAGACAACACGGGUGUUCUCACCAAGUUGGGCCGUGCCAUGGUAGAAUUUCCCUUGGAUCCAGCACUGUCGAAGAUGUUGUUAGCAGGGGUAGAUAUGGGGUGCUCUGAAGAAAUUCUAACCAUUGUAUCUAUGUUAUCGGUACCUGCACUGUUUUACCGCCCAAAGGGUCGCGAAGAGGAAGCCGAUGCCAUGCGCGAGAAGUUUCAAGUACCCGAGUCAGAUCACCUGACUUAUCUCAACAUUUAUCGCCAGUGGCGCACCCAGAAGUAUUCAAUGAACUGGUGCAAUAAGCACUUCCUGCACUUCAAAGCUUUGAAAAAGGUCCGCGAAGUGAGGCAACAGCUCCACGACAUCAUGGAACAGCAGAAACUCGAGUUGGUGAGUUGUGGCAUGGACGAAGACCUGGUGCGGAAGUGCAUUUGUGCAGCCUACUUCCACCAAGCGUGUCGCCUCAAAGGUAUUGGGGAGUACGUCAAUCUUAGGACGGGAACUCCUUGCCAUCUCCAUCCAACAUCAGCAUUGUUUGGCAUGGGUUAUACCCCGGACUACAUAGUGUACCACGAAUUGGUCAUGACCAGCAAGGAAUACAUGCAGUGCGUCACAGCGGUCGAGGGCAGUUGGCUGGCAGAAGUUGGUGACAAGUUUUACAGCAUCAACGAGGGCGGGGCAUCACGUAUCGAGAAAAGACGCAUGGCAAUGGCCCACAAAGCAGCUAUGGAAGCCGAGAUGGACAGGGCACAGCAGACUCUGAAGAUUCGAGCCGAGGAAAAGCAGAGAAGGGAGGAGUCUUCCCAUCGUCAGCAGGUGUACGAAAUAGGCACUCCCAGACGAGCGCAGACAUCAGCCAGAUAUGGCUUUUAAUAUGUAAGUUACAGAAGCAAGCAUUUUGUAAAUAUUGUAAGUAGAGUGGCUUUUAUCACAGGAUGAAAUUAUAUUUAAUUUAGUAAGGUAAUUCCUGUUGUAUAAUAAUGAUUUUCUAGCUAAAGUCAUUUUUGUAGUUGUGAAGUUUAUAUUAAUAAAAAAAAUUGGACUUUGUAAA